AUGAUAUCACCCGAAAAAACUAAAAAUUUAGGUAGUCUGCAAUAUUCGUGGGUAUUUUACUCACAGGACUUAAGUACAAUACGUAACGUGCAGCAGGAAAUAUGCUUUCUGGAAUUAUCUUGUGCAGGAGAAUGUUCAAAUAUGCUUCAACCAUCCAAACAUGUAAGAGUUCAAUGGUGGCCGACGUUGGAAAAUCCAUGGGUCGAAGACUCUUUGACUGAUGAUGAUCUACUGAAGAGAAAACCAGUGGAUUAUGAGAUUAGUCAAGCAGAAUAUGUAUGGGUAGAAAAAAUUUUGAAGAACACCAAAAUCCCGUUUCCUAAAAAUAUUGUGGCUCCUACUCCUAGUGGCUGGAUACCCCCAAUCCCUGAACUAUCAAAGGAUGUACCCUAUUCUGUCCGAAGGUCGAAAAAUCACAUGCUACCUGUUUAUUACACAGAGAAACAGAGAAAGAAAAAAGAGCAUACACAUGGGACUCGACAGCUGACAGUCAUUAGGCAUGUUGAUGGAGAUAUGCAAGCUCUGGCUGAUGAUCUCCGGACUCUUCUUCAACCGAAAUGCGAAGCUGGGUUGUUUCUUUGCCAAGUAGAUGAAGUAACACGUUGUAUAAAAAUUGAAGGGUUAUUUCAAGAAGAGGUAGCUAAAUUUCUUCUUAGUAAGGGGUUUUGA